AUGGAUGAAAUGAAAGAUAAGUUCAAAGGUUUCAUGAAGAAAGUAUCUUCUUCCCCAUCUUCUUCUGGUAAAUUCAAGGGCCAAGGUCGUGUCUUGGGCGGUGGUGAUUCUACUCCUCAAUCAUCUUCAGGACCUACUAAUCCUCUCCAUGCCCGUUAUUCUCAACCUGUUAAUUCAAAUCCAAAACCUAAGCCAAACCCAUCUUCCUCCCUCACUUCUUCUUCAAAUUCCAAGCCUUUGCCUGAAGAAAGAUCCAAUCUUGAUCAAAACAAACCCACUUCUGUCUACAAACCCACAAAUGGGUUCGACCGAUUUGACUCAUUCAUCACUACUGGCAAAAGAUCUCAAAAUGGGUAUUCGUUGAAUGUGUUUGAGUGCCCAAUUUGCGGGCGGUCGUAUCCAUCAGAAGAAGAGGUCUCUAUACAUGUAGAAACCUGUUUCAAUAACAGUGAUGCUAAUAGUUCAGUUGAAAGUCAUGAUCGUGUUGUUGGUGAUGGUAAUGUGGGAGAAGAGUCUAGUAGGAGUGACUUGGAGAUUUGUGUUAGUGCAUAUGUGUCAGGGAAGCCACCGGAGGGAUCGGUGGAGGUCGUGCUUAGACUAUUGAGAAACGUUGUCAAGGAGCCCGAGAAUGCAAAGUUUAGAAGGAUUAGAAUGGGGAACCCAAAGAUAAGAGAGGCAGUGACUGAGGUUGCUGGAGGGGUUGAGCUAUUGGAGAUUGUUGGGUUUGGAUUGAAGGAGGAGGAUGGAGAAAUGUGGGCCAUCAUGGAGCAGGUUCCUGAGGGAGAGAGGAAUGGUUUGAUUAAUAAGGUAAUUAGGUUGUUAGAACCAAGAAAGGAGGAGCAGGAAGAGCCGAGGGCUGAGGAUAAGCCUUUUGUCACACCAGCUGAGACAGAGGAACAGGUUGAGCCAAAAAAGAUUGACAGGCAGUUAGGUUGUGUGCCACUUUCUGUAGCCAUAUUGUAUAGAGCUGAAAAAGAAGCUGACACGAGGAAGAAAAAGAUUGCCGAAUCUCAGCUUUUGAUCCCUAAGUCUUACAGAGAAAAGCAAGCAAAAGCUGCCAGGAAGAGAUACACAAGGACUAUUAUCCGUAUCCAGUUUCCUGAUGGAGUAGUUCUUCAAGGUAUCUUUGCUCCUUGGGAAUCAACAACUGCUCUCUAUGAGUUUGUGAGCACGACGCUUAAGGACCCUGGUUUGGAGUUUGAGCUGUUACAUCCUGUAGUGAUCAAACGGAGGGUGAUCCCUCGUUUUCCUGCAGCAGGGGAGAGAACCAUUACACUUGAUGCUGAAGAUUUGGUUCCCUCGUCUCUCAUCAAGUUCAGACCAAUUGAAACUGAUUCAUCUGUUUUUACAGGGCUCCGUAAUGAACUCCUUGAGAUUAGUGAACCACUGAAUUGA